GACCCAGCGCUGUGGCCGGUGAUACCAGCGCUACCAUCGUACGGGCGCGGCAGGGAGAUGCCCGGGCCGCGCUACAGCAGUCUGCUGCACUGCCACAACCUCACAGACGUUGUCAUCACCGGCGACCACGGGGUGAUCGACGGGGGAGGGGCGGAGUGGUGGGAGAGGAAGCGAGGGGGGGUGCUGCAGCACUCGCGGGGGGCGGUGGUGGAGGCGCUGUGGAGCUCUGCUGUCACCGUCGCCAACGUCACUCUCACUAAUGCCCCCGCCUGGGCUCUGCACCCCGUCUACUGCACCCACGUGCAGGUGUCCAACGUGACUAUCACCGCGCCUCCUGACUCGCCCAACACCAUCGGGAUUGUCAUCGACUCCAGUGAGGAUGUGCUUAUAGAGGGCGUGACGGUAACCACAGGGGGGGGCGGCAUCAGCAUAAAGAGCGGGUGGGACGAGUACGGGCUGGCGUUCGCCCGCCCCUCCCACGCUGUCACCAUCCACCACUCCCACAUCCAGACGCCGCUCGCCGCCGCCCUCUCCAUCGGCAGCGAGAUGUCGGGCGGCGUGCACUCGCUGCGCUGCCGCCACCUGUCAGUCUCCCACUCGCUCGCCGCCUUCCACCUGCGCACCGCGCCCGGCCGAGGGGGGUACAUCCGAGACGUGCUAGUGGAGAACGUGACUAUGCUGAAUGUGACUGUAGCGCUGGCCUUCCUCCCCACGUGCAGCAGCCACCCAGAUGACCGCUUUGACCCGUCGGCUCUGCCGCGCGUGGCCAACAUCUCCUUUGCUUCCAUCUCCGGCUCGGGCAUCUCGCAAGCCGGCAGCCUUAUUGGCCUGCCUGCAGCCCCCUUUAGAGGUGUCUCGUUAUCGGAUAUAAACCUGGAGCUGGUGGAUGGCGGGAAGGGCUUUAAGUGCCGGGAUGUGGAAGGGCAUGCACGGAAUGUGUCCCCUGCCAUCUGCCCUGAGCUGUCCACUUUAAAAGCUGACCCACUAAAGUGUAGAGGAUGUUCUUCCGUCAGGGAGCACGGUAAUGGAGAGGAUGAGCUGGACGCUAGAAGCAAGUGA